AUGCCUCCACCCCCUCAUCGCCAACUCCACCCCCAGGCCCAGCAGCCUCCACACCGGUCCGCCGUUCACGCGCAUUCUCAGGGCAGUACUGCUGCUACAACUACAUCAUCCUCGUCCUCGUCGUCUUCCUGCUCCUCAUCGCAUUCUGCAUCGCAGACUCGUCUCUCCCAGAUUUCGUCACACAUCAUGGGGUCCACCAGUCCCUCCGUGUUCACGGCCGCCCAUGUGGCGCAGGCCCCCGAGGAUCCUUUGUUUGGCUUGAUGCGAGCGUAUCGCCAGGACCCGUCUGAUAAGAAGAUCGAUCUGGGCAUUGGCGCGUACCGCGAUGACAAUGCGAAGCCGUGGAUUCUGCCUGUGGUGAAGAAGGCGGAGGAGAUCCUGCGCAACGAUCCCAACCUCAACCACGAAUAUCUGCCCAUCUCUGGCUUAGCCGAGUUUACCUCCGCAGCACAGAAGCUGAUCUUUGGCGCCGAUAGCCCCGCAAUCAAGGAGAAACGAGUAUGUUGUCGUCCUGCCUUCCCCUCAGCCUCCCCGCACAGCCCAGUCCAUCGCCAGGUCAGCACUCUUCAGACCAUCUCAGGUACCGGCGCUGUCCAUCUCGGAGCUCUCUUCCUGGCGAAAUUCCACCCCGCGCAGCCGCGUCCGACGGUCUACCUGUCCAACCCGACAUGGGCGAACCACAACCAGAUCUUCACCAACGUCGGCCUGUCCAUCGCCACCUACCCGUACUUCUCCGCAAAGACCAAGGGGCUGGACAUUGAUGGCAUGCUCGGUGCGCUGCGUGCGGCGCCGGAGGGCUCCGUCGUCCUGCUGCACGCCUGCGCCCACAACCCGACCGGCGUCGACCCGACGCAGGAGCAGUGGAAGCAGAUCGCGGCGGUCAUUCGCGAGCGGCACCACUUCCCGUUCUUCGACUGUGCCUACCAGGGGUUCGCCUCGGGGGAUCUGGCGCGGGAUGCGUGGGCGAUCCGGUACUUUGUCGAGCAGGGCUUCGAGCUGUGCGUGGCGCAGUCGUUUGCGAAGAACUUUGGUCUGUACGGCGAGCGCGCCGGAGCGUUUCACUUUGUGUCGGCGCCGGGCGCGGACGCGACGACGGCGAACCAGCACGUCGCCAGCCAGCUGGCCGUGCUGCAGCGGUCGGAGAUCUCCAACCCGCCGGCGUACGGGGCCCGGAUCGCCAGCUUGGUGCUGAACGACCCGAAGCUGUUUGCCGAGUGGGAGGAGGACCUGCGGACGAUGAGCGGCCGCAUCAUCGAGAUGCGCAAGGGACUUCGCCAGCGACUCGAGGCCAAGGGGACGCCGGGCACCUGGGACCACGUGACCAGCCAGAUUGGGAUGUUCAGCUUCACGGGGCUGACGGAGAAUCAGGUGAAGAUUCUGCGGGAGAAGUGGCACAUAUACAUGACUAAGAACGGACGCAUCUCCAUGGCCGGUCUCAACUCGCACAACAUCGACUACUUUGCGGAAGCGGUGGACAGCGUUGUGCGCGAGACUACUGCGUAG